UUAAGAGCACAUUUAUUUGGGGGAGUGUGCUUUAAUGAUGAACUUGUGAGAAGGCUGAAGUUAUUGCCUACAGUCCAUGCCACAACGUUUUUUUUCCCCCCUAACUUCUGACUCUAUCCCUCUCAUUUACAACUGCCUAAAAUUGAACCAACCACACCUUUCAACCUUGGUGUGACAUUUAACCCCAGGGUAAGCUUCUGAUCACAUAUCUACAUCCUCACAAAAAUUAAGAUUUACUAUGCCUACCUGCAUAAUUGCCCAAAUCCACAACUCUGCAGAUGUCAAAUGGCUGUCUUUUCAAAGCCUCGUCCAGAGGACCGGAGGACAGCUAAUGCUCGAAUAUGCCCAAGAGGGUGCAGAGAAAAUUUACAAGAAGGCUAGAGAUUUUCACUUAUCAAGAAAGAUUGGAUAGACAGAGAUGACAAGGUGUGGACCUGGAUGAACGCAGCAGGCUAGACAGCAUCAGAGUAGCAGGAAAGCUGACAUUUCGGGUCUGGACCCUUUAGAAGAAGGGUGUUACCUUGUUAUCUCAGACUCCAGCAAUGGCAGUUCCUACUAUCUUGGAUGGACAGGGGUUGUUUUCCUUAGAGCCCAGGAGAUUCAGAGGAAACAUAAAUUAUGAGAGGCUAAGGCAGAAAAAACCGGAAGAAACCUUUCCCUUUGAUGGAGGGAUCAGUGACCAGGGGUUAUGGAUUUAUGAGCGAGCCCAGUUGCCCAGAAAUAUGAUUGAAAAUAGCAUGUUUGAAGAGGAGCCUGAUAUAGUUGACUUGGCCAAAGAGCCACGCCUUCAUCCCCUGGAACCUGAUGAAGUUGAAUAUGAGCCCCAUAGUUCACGGUUGUUGGUGCGUGGUUUGGGAGAACAUGACCUGGAGGAUGAUGAAGAAGACUAUGAAUCUUCUGCAAGGCUUUUGGGCAUGUCGUUCAUGAACAGGAGUUCCAAUCACCGCAAUAACAUGUCCGGGGCUUAUAACCGGGAAGCAUCAGGGGAACCUUGUUCCUUUUCUUCUGCUCGGACCGUAAUUAUUGGAGCAUUUGUUGUGGUGAUUAUACUUUCAAUAGCGAUGGUUGUCUACUUUUUGCCAAAAUGUACCUUCACCAAAGAAGGCUGCCAUAAAAAGAACACAACUUUAACACUCAUAUAUCCUUUGGCAACCAAUGGCCAGGUGUUUCCUUGGCCAAAGAUGAGAUUACCUAAUGCUGUUGUCCCGAUGCAUUAUGAUCUUACUUUGCAUCCCAAUCUCACCACCAUGAAAUUCACAGGUUCUGUGCAAAUAACCCUCCUGGCCAAGGAGGAUACCAAUAACAUCACUCUCCACAGCUAUGGUCUCAAAAUCAGCAAAGCAACCAUCGCUCCAAGGGCAUCGAAUCAAGCAAAGGAUGUCCAGGUUUUGGAAUACCUACCACAUCAACAAAUUGCAAUUAAAGUUAAUCCAGCACUGUUGAAUGGAAAAAAGUACACAUUGAAUCUGGAAUUUGCAGCAAAUUUAUCGGAUGGUUUUUCUGGAUUUUACAAAAGCAGCUAUCAAAAUAAAAACAAGACCAGAAUAUUGGCCGCCACACAGUUUGAGCCAACUUCAGCACGAAAGGCUUUCCCAUGCUUUGAUGAACCAGCUUUUAAGGCAACAUUUACGAUCAAGAUAAUCAGGGAUGCUGAACACAUCUCAUUAUCCAACAUGCAGAAGGAUGCUACAACAUCACUUGACAAUGGACUGUUUCAAGACACAUUUGCAGAAAGUUUAAACAUGAGCACUUACCUGGUGGCAUUUAUUGUGGCUGAAUUGAAGAAUGUCUGCCAGGAGACUGAAAGUGGAAUUCUGGUAUCUAUAUAUGCUGUUCCUGACAAGAUGGAUCAAAUGCAUUAUGCAUUAGAAGCAUCAAUGAAGCUUCUGAAAUUUUAUGAAGACUUCUUUAAUAUAUCCUAUCCCUUAAAGAAACUGGAUUUGGUGGCUCUCCCUGAUUUUGAAGCAGGAGCGAUGGAAAAUUGGGGUCUAAUCACUUUCCGAGAAAUAGCACUCCUUUACAAAGAAGAGACUGCUUCAGUACUGGACAAACAGAUAGUCACUCUAGUGAUUGCUCACGAAUUGGCUCAUCAGUGGUUUGGCAACCUGGUGACAAUGGAAUGGUGGAAUGACCUUUGGUUAAAUGAAGGAUUUGCCACCUUUAUGGAAUACUUUUCACUUGAAAAAAUAUUCCCUGAACUCGAAGUGGCUGAUCGCUUUUUACGUACUCGAUUUGAAGCAAUGGAAAAGGAUUCAAUGAAUUCUUCCCAUCCUGUCUCUACUCCAGUUGAAACUGCUGAACAAAUUGACGAAAUGUUUGAUUCAGUUUCAUAUGAAAAGGGGGCUUCCAUCCUUUUGAUGUUGAAGGACUAUCUUAGUGAAACAGUUUUCCAGCAAGGAAUUGUGAGAUACUUAAAUGAACAUAAGUAUCAGAACACAAAAAAUGAAGACUUGUGGAACAGUAUUAUGAAAGUUAAAAAUGUAGAUUUCAAUGUGAAAGAAAUGCUGAAAACUUGGACACUGCAGACAGGGUUCCCUGUCGUCACUAUUAAAUUAGACAAAACUGGUAAUAAAAUUCACCUCAGUCAAGAACGUUUCCUCAGGAUGUCCAUUUCACAGGAUCCAUCAUCCUCACCCAAUUCCAGUCACCUGUGGCACAUUCCAUUGACAUACAUGACCAGCAGUUGCAGCAAUUAUGGCCAACCCAAGUGUAUCAAAACAUGGCUUCUCAAGAACAAAACAGACAUCAUUGACCUUAAAGAACCAAAUGUGACCUGGGUGAAGUUUAACAUAAAUAUGAAUGGCUAUUACAUCGUACAUUAUGAAAGAGAGAUCUUGAUGGAAUUACUUGGAUUAUUACAAAGUAAUCAUUUAGCGCUCAGUGACCAGGACCGAGCUGGUUUCAUUAAUAACGCAUUUGUGCUUGCAAGUGCAGGAAAAAUUUCAGUGCAGCAGGCAUUGUCCAUAACCAAGUAUAUGAAGAAUGAAAGCAGUAAUGCACCAACAGCUGAAGCAUUGCUUCAACUCCGCAAAAUCUACUGGCUUGUACAAAAGAGGGGAAUGCUGCAACUUGCUGAUCGGAUGGAGAAAUAUAUUUUCACUAUUUUUGGAGACCUGAUUAAUCAUCAGGUCUGGAGUAACAGCGGAUCAUUGUCUGAAAGGCAACUUCGUGCCACUCUUCUCAGUGUUGCUUGUGACUACAACUAUGGCACCUGUGUCCAAAAUGCAAGUGAACUGUUUAACAAUUGGGAGAACUCCAAAAAUCUGAGUGUCUUACCAUCUGAUCUAACAAUGACGAUCUACACUGUUGGAGCACGUGAUGACAAGGGCUGGACAUUCCUACACCAGAUGUAUAAUACUUUGCAGACGGAAGCAGAGAAAAGCAAAAUGCUACAUGCCAUGGCAAAAAGCAGCAAUCCUCGAGAGCUGAUUAGGUUAAUGCAAGAAAGCCUGCAACAUGAAACAAUAAGGGCACAGGAAAUACCUUCCAUUCUUUCUACUGCCAGCAAAACCUUGGUUGGAUGUCUCUUUGCUUGGGAUUUUGUAAAGGAAAAUUGGGAUAAUAUAGUUAAAAAAUUUCAGCCUGGAUCAUUUACUGUUGAAACCAUCAUUAUUCAAACAACAUCCCAGUUUUCAACAAAGACUCGCCUGUUUGAGGUUCAAACAUUUUUUGAUUCACUGAAGGACAAGAGUUCACAGUUGCGGGCUGUCCAAGAAGCACUUGAAGUAAUUCGUCUGAACAUCCAGUGGAUGGAGAAAAACUUGAAAAGCCUAGAAGAAUGGCUAUAGAAAUUAUUCUUUCUCUUCUCUUCAGUAAAUACACCUAUGUGCUAAGUGAUGCUAAAUUGCAGUAGUAUAAAGCAGGAAUAAGUCAGUUGUCACUCAUAGUAACAUCAGUUUGCACUAUUGGAGGAUUGUAGUUAGCUCAGGGUAACUUACUGUUUGUUCAAUCAUUGAAAUGUAAUUGCGAUUGUGAGAAGCUGCAGACCAAACUCCAGGAAUCUGGUGAUGGAUGAAUGUAUUUGCAGAAGACAAAUAAGUAAAAUGCUCAUUUUGAGUUCUUGGUUUUAACUAUUUGGCAUGUGAAUGGGGAGGUCAAGAAUGUGUGCUAGGUAGCGUACAAAGACAGAAUGUUCAGCUUACCCAGCAAUGUAACUUUUUGUUUUACCAUGUGCUUUGCAGCAAGGCAUUGUUUACUUUUCCCAUAUGGUUUUAACAUUUGAUGUGGCGUAUUGCCGCUGGCCCUCACCAUAAUAGCAAGUACUGAAAAGUGGAUACUCACUUCUUUGUAAGGCAUGUUCAUGGCCAUUAGCACAAAGCUGGUCAUAUAUAGUACUUGGUGUAUUUCCUUGUAUUGUGUUAGAAAUACAAGCAAUAUGAACGCAUAUAACUUGAAUUCCUACAUCCUUAUUGAGGUUGCUGUUCUGACAGAAAAGAAUGUGACCCCCAAAUGCUGAAUCCAACAAAACAAAAGAUUAUUUAAUCCAGUUAUUAUGAACAAGUAGCUCCAGCUAUUGUACAUUUUUAUUAGUUGUUCACCACCUGCAAGCUGAAUCAACUGAAUAAUGUAUAUUCUUUUUAAAAAAAAAAUGACUUAGCUAUAUAUUAUGGAAAGAACUGUGAAGCUUGAGUUUACAAUACCAGUUUUUAUUCUUGGAAACAAUGGUGACCCAUUGAGAUUUGCUGUGGUCAGACUCACUCAAAUUAGUUAGCACCUUGCCUCACUCACAGUCAGCUACACUUAUUUAACAGAUUUGUGUUUUAAGCGCAGUUAAUGUUUGCAAAUUGUAUGAGACAACCAGUCAGAAUUUAACAGCUUUAAAAAAAAGCUCCUCCUGUGCUUAAAAUCAAAAUAUACUGCAAUUGAGUGAAUUACAAACAGUUAUCCUGUCAAUAAAUGCAAAAUAUAUUGACAAAGUAUUGAAGUCAGGCAUGGACUUUGAGCUAUGAAAAAUCUAAAGGAUAUGCAAAGAAUGUAACUAAUUCUAGUGUUAAAUUAUUAGCCUCAGGUACUGACGAUAAUGUGGAUUAAGAAAUGUGAAGUGGGAUAUUAACAGACAAGUCUGGAUUGUUCUGGUUAUGCGAAGAAUUGUACUCUCAGUAAAUAGCCUGAGUAAAAUGAGAGAACUGGCACAAUGUUAGUGAUGAGAAGAAGCCAAUCCACAAAGGUACAUUCAUGGCCAAGUAAUCUGUGUUGACCUUUUAUUCCUGUCUUUUAUUCCUGUCUUUUUCCUUACCAUCAGGUGAACACUUCUUUUUUCUUCAUAAUUGCCGUUAACGAGUUUAUAAAAUGUACUUUCUAAUCAUUAAAGCUAUUGUUUGUGGGAAAACUAGAAGUAUGUAAUAAAUACUUUGCCCAAUGUGUGUAACCUGAAAUGGAAGCCAUAUUCACAAAAUUGAUAAACAAAAGGAAAAAUACCCAAAAUGUUGCUACUGUAUUGACAUUGCUCGUCUCUCAGGUGUAAUGCUUUAACUAUACAUUUUUGGUUUGUUAAGAGUGUAAUGGUUUAGAGUGGAAAAAUAGAACUGCUACAAUUUGGAAAACAACACAUUAUUUUUGAAAUUUUAAUAAAACUAUAUGAAUUAUAUAAAUUUCAGUUAGCUGUUACUUUACAAACUUUCAAAUAUAUCUUUUAACUGUUUAAAAUUUAGUGUUAUAUGUAUUUAAGAUUUUUUUAUUCGUUCAAAACGUAUAUGAUUGCACAGUAUUUUUGCUUGUAAUUAAGGUAGAUCUAUUAUGAACAAUGACAAAUGUUUAAAUUGCUAUACUUUCUCAUUUAUUUCUGAGGCCGAUUAAUAAAUUUUAUCAGUAUUUUAGAUUGAUACAUUUGAUUAUUCACAAACAAAUGUCCCUGCAAAACAUUGGUGCAGUUUGUGAAGUAGAAGUAAAUUGUUUGAUGAUGGCAUUUCUGAAUAGACAGCUGUGGAAAUUUGUCUUUGUGUAGUUUUAUAAGUUCAUGCAUACUUGUAUUUUAUUUGAUUAAUUUGACAUGAAAGCAUUGCUUAAAGGCUAUGCCUUGGUGUAUUUUGAGCUGUUCAAUUCCUAAUUGAAAUUUGUAAUCUGAAAUCCAAAUUGUAGGCAGGCAAAAGUUUUUGAGGAUUGAACAGUUCGUACCACAUCACUGUGACAUUUCCAAGGUAGAUCAUCCAAGCAUGUUUUAAUAUAUUCUAUGACCUAUUGUCUGUAUUUUUGGAGAAGGUUGACUACGUACAACAGCACAAAUAAUAUUGAUAUCUCAGGAUUUGCAAAUAAAUAUGCAAAGAGAAAUUGUUUCAAGCUUGAUGACAGAAAGCAAGUAUUGGGAAUAAUAUGUUCUUUGGCAUCCUUCCAUCUGCAUAAGAUAAUGGAGAUACUAGACAUGAUGCAGAAUUCUUUUGUGCCAGUUUCCUGGAGCAAUAUGUUACAGAACUAAUUAGCAAUAAAGGUAUUUUGGAUCAAGAA